UUUGCGAAAUAAUCCCCAUAAGUGUUCAAAAAAUACGAAUCUGAACAGACGAAGACAGCGAGACCUGUCACCUGACGUCCUCUUCGUCACAUUCCCCAGGGAAUGAGAGGAGUGAUUUUGAAGAUGGGUUUUGGGUUUUGAAUGCGAUCAUCUUCCCAUUUUUCAAAGUUCUGCACUAUCUCGCCGUGUCUUCUCUUCUUCCCUCGAGAACACAUGUAAUUUCUUGGGGAUUUUCAGCUUCCAAGUGUUCUCAGAUCGUCGCUUUGGAGAAGAAGGACACAACUUGUCGAAACGACGCGUGGGUUUGAUUAAUGACUUUGGAAGUCAUGAUUUCUGAGGAGUGAGGGAACAGAGAAGGCUUUGAAGGUGAAGUGAAGCCAUAGAUUUUCAGAGACUUCUCGGAAGAUUAAAACUAUGGUGGAAGAAAGCAAAAUUGAGGUUCUGGCGAAUCAGCGGUCCAUCGAGGAUUGGUUGUCACAUGCUCGUGAGCUCGUUCCAGUGGCACUGGAUAGAGCUAGGGAGGUUAAGGGAUUUCCCACUCGCUGGAGGAAGAUAAUUUCGAAACUGGAGCAGAUUCCCUCAUGCUUGUCGGACCUGUCGAGCCAUCCUUGCUUCUCAAAGAAUGCGCUUUCCAAAGAACAGUUGCAGGCAGUGUCCAGAACUCUCGCAGAAGCAAUCGAGUUGGCGAAGUCGUGUUUGGGUGAGAAGUACGAAGGGAAGCUGAGGAUGCAGAGCGAUCUCGACUCUUUGUCUGGAAAGCUAGAUUUGAAUCUCCGGGACUGCGGUCUCCUGAUCAAGACCGGAGUGCUCGGGGAGGUGUCGGAAUCUGCAUUUCCCAAUUCUUCGAUCGCAAUGGAGGCCAUAACAAGUAGCAACAUAAAAGAGUUGCUCGCGCGGCUUCAGAUUGGUCAUUUGGAGGCAAAGCACAGAGCUCUGGAUUGUGUCCUGGAACUUAUGAAGGAGGAUGAGAAGAGCUUAUUCGCCGUGCUAGGACGCAGCAACAUUGCUGCCCUAAUCCAAAUGCUCACUGCGACAUCACCUUGUAUCCGUGAAAAAUCAAUCACAGUCAUAUGCUCUAUCAUUGAGUCAGGGGGUUACGAGAAUUGGCUUGUGUCGGAAGGUGUUUUACCCCCUGUAAUUAGGCUUCUUGAGUCCGCAAGCACGGUAGGUAAAGAGAAGGCUAUGAUUUCUGUUCAGAGGUUAUCCAUGUCGGCUGAGACUGCACGUUCCAUUGUGGGCCAUGGAGGGGUCCAGCCGCUGAUCGAGACAUGCCGGACCGGGGAUUCUGUUUUGCAGGCGGCUGCGACGUGCACUUUGAAGAACAUCUCGGCUGUGCCCGAGGUCCGACAGAGUUUGUCCGAGCAAGGCAUUGUAAAGGUAAUGAUCAAUCUACUUGAUUGUGGAAUUUUACUCGGAUCCAAGGAAUACGCAGCGGAAUGCUUGCAGAAUCUCACCGCAGGCAAUGAGAAUCUACGAAAGUCGGUAAUUUCACAAGACGGGGUCCGGAGCUUGUUGGCUUAUCUGAACCGCCCGUCGCCCCAAGAGCCUGCGGUUUCGGCAUUGAGAAACUUGGUUGGGUCGAUGCCCCCGGAAAAACUAGCGUCUCUCAAUUUCCUCCCUCGGUUGGUCCACGUACUCAAGUCCGGAUCCUUAGGCGCCCAGCAAGCGGCUGCGUCGGCCAUUUGUAGGGCGUGUGGCUCUGACGAGAUGAAGAAACUGGCCGGCGAAGCCGGGUGCCUCCCUCUCUUGAUCAAGCUGCUCGAUGCCAAGCCGCAUGGCGCCCGCGAGAUUGCCGCCCAAGCUGUUUCCAGCUUGAUAACUCUGCCCCAGAACCGCAAGGAGAUCAAGAGGGACGACAAGAGCGUGCCUAACUUGGUCCAGCUCCUCGACUCGAGCCCUCAGAACACCGCGAAGAAGUACGUGGUCUCAUCCUUGCUGUGCCUCUCGUCGAGCCAGAAGUGCAAGAGGAUGAUGAUCUCUCACGGGGCGAUUGGGUAUCUGAAGAAGCUCGCCGAGAUGGACGUCCCGGGGGCCAAGAAAUUGCUGGAGAGGUUGGAGAUGGGGAAGCUGAGAAGCCUGUUCAGCUAGACCUUGGGCGUGGUCCUGAAGUUCCUUCUUCCUCUUCUUGUCGUAUCAUGUAUGAGCAAUAUCUCAUUGUCCAUGUAGGAUAAAUAUGCUAUUUAUGCUUAGCCCUUUGAAGUGCUUUCCUUUCUUCAUCGGUGAAGGUGUUCUACAGGUUUCAAUUUCAUCAUCCUCUGUUUUACGAUUCAAGAUCUUUAGCUCUUAAAUAUUCCAACAUAGUCCUAUGUCCUAACCUCCUUUUAUGUAGAGUCUACGAUUUUAUUGAUAUUCUAAUGGCAGCUUA